CCGACACCGACACUGUAUCCAUGGUAAUCCAUCCCAUGGUCUCUUGGGACACUAAAAUCUCAGCCAUGUUCGAGUAAUCAUAAAUCCUUUCCACUCUGCUCUUCUUCUUCUCUUCUAUAUUCCACAUCUUUGACUCAUCCAAUCUGACCUGUACCGUUCUCAUCCCCUCACAAUGGCACAAGCACCAAACAAAGCACAAGAACGACUAUCCCAAGUCUCUUCCCAAUUGACCGGCGGCAACCCUGCUCAAGCCCUUCUCCAGAAAUCUCCCGAUGAUGUCGUUGUCACAUGCGCACUCCGCACUCCUUUCACCAAAGGUGGCAAAGGUCUCCUGAAAGACACCGCUGCCGCAGACCUCCUUGCCCUGACCUUGAAGAACCUCAUUGAACGCUCCAAGAUCGAUCCAGCGCUUGUUGAAGAUAUUGCCACUGGAUGUGUAUUGGCUCCAGGUGGCGGUGCCACUGAAUACCGGGCCGCCGCCUUAGUGGCAGGGUUCCCUGAGUCCACCGCCGUCAAGGCCCUCAACCGUCAAUGCUCCUCGGGUCUGCAAGCCGUUGUUGACAUUGCCAACGCCAUCAAGGCUGGCAUGAUUGAAAUUGGUAUUGGAUCUGGUGUCGAGUCCAUGUCCAGCCAAUAUGGACCAGGCGCAGUCACUGAGUUCAGUGAUCUGCUGGAAAAUCACAUGGAGGCCGCCAACUGCAAGGUGCCCAUGGGUGUCUUGUCUGAGCAAAUGGCCAAAGACCGAAAAGUCACCCGUAUUGAUCAGGACACUUUUGCUGCAAGCUCAUACCAAAAGGCUCUCAAGGCGCAGCAGGCUGGACUUUUUGAUGAAGAAAUUGCCCCUAUCACAGUCAAAUACACCGACCCCAAGACCGAUGAGGAGAAGACCGUGACAGUGUCCAAAGACGAUGGUGUCCGACCAGGAAUCACAGUUGAGUCUCUGGGCAAGAUCCGCGCCGCCUUUGCCAAAGAUGGAACCAUCCACGCCGGCAAUGCAUCGCAGGUCAGCGACGGAGCAGCGGCAGUUUUGCUCAUGAAGCGAUCGACAGCCGAACGACUAGGCCAGCCCAUCCUGGGCAAAUACGUCGCGUCGUCAAUUGUCGGUGUACCGCCCCUAUUGAUGGGCAUUGGUCCAUGGAAGGCCAUCCCCGUUGCCCUUCAAAAGGCCGGCCUGACCCCUGACAAGGUCGACAUCUAUGAAAUCAACGAGGCCUUUGCCAGUCAGGCCGUCUGGUGUGUCAAGGAACUCGGCAUUCCCUUUGAAAAGGUCAAUCCCAAAGGCGGUGCUAUUGCCUUUGGCCACCCCCUGGGUUGCACUGGUGCCCGUCAAGUCAGUACCCUGUUCACUGAGUUGAAGCGGACGGGUAAGAAGAUUGGUGUCACUAGUAUGUGUAUUGGAACUGGAAUGGGCAUGGCUGCCGUUUGGGUCGCUGAGUAAUUGACUGGCUAUGUUUUGGGUAUCUUAUUCUUCAUCUGUGUCAUCUAAGAAAUGCCAUAUUACGCUUGGCCUGCCUUUGAGGGCAUUGGUGGUGUGAAUCCAUGUAGAAGAAAUAUCCCGGUUUGAAAAGUCAGAUAUUGGUAUCAUGCCCAACUCUGGUUCGAUGGCUAGAUCCAUCACCAUCAUGUUAUUAGAAUCUUUCUGUGAUUCAGCCAUGGGGGUUACUGUGGACAAGUAGGAGCAAAGUAUAUCAUGGCUCAGAUGUAGGUCGUCGAUUCUUGAUUCUUGGGAUCGCCAAGUACAAGUACAAGGAUCUCUGAGAUCAUUCACAAAUCACGUCAAAUCUAAGCAAUGGUCAUGGGCAAUUGCGAACCAAAAGGCCUUGCAUUAUUAUUACCUAACUACCAAUAAUCACCUAGUUUACGAGGUUGGAAGUCAUGCC